AUGUCAAUGCCCUUAUUUAUGACCAAAAGAGACGAUACUCAAGGUAUCCUUGAUAUAGGGAAGCAUUGUUUUAAAUGUCAAAGAUUGGAUUUCUUGCCAUUUCCUUGCGAAUUCUGUAAUCAUGUAUAUUGUUCUGAUCACAGAACUUUGGAACUUCACAGUUGUCCAGGAAAGAGACCCCAAAGACAAGCUGGUGAUCUUAUUGACUACGUCAAUAGUAAGGAUUCGAAAGAACCUGUCGCUUCACUUUUCCCGGAUAGGAAAAAUGAUAUGAAAAAAGUGGAUGAUUCGUUGAAUAAACCACCCAAGCCUACCACAAUCUUGGAAGCUACCCUGUUUAGAGUUGGAGAUGCUGCAAAGGGUAAGACCACUGCAUUUUCGAAGUUCACGAAAUUUCUUCAAAAGAGGAAAUCGCUGUUUGUUUCCAAGACAGCCACUAGCGCUACAUCUACAGCCACUUCGCGCAAGGUGGUGGACCUUGCGACUUUAAGAAAGACUGCACGGGGAGAUUCCAAGAUUCAAGUUGCAGAUAAAAUAUAUGUGUGGGUGAAGACGAUAGACGGAAAGGAAGGCAAAGCGGAAGCUAUAUUUAUAAAUAAAAACUGGCCCGCAGGAAGAGCAUUAGACAAUAUUGCCGAGUUAUUGAGGAUACGGAAUUAUAAUAACUCUACCAACGAUUCUGAUGAAAGGUUGAAUAUGUUUUUGGCGGGCCAACUGGGAGAUCCAAUUUUGGUGGGAACCAGUGAGAGAUGUAGCAGAUUCAAGAAUGGGGAUGAGAUAUUUUUGGUGAGAGGUAGCAUCAGUAGGUAG